ACUGAGCCUCGUGUAUCACCAUUCAUCUCGAAAAUACACCUUCUCUCUUCCUCGGAGCGAGUCUACUCCUCCACAACCUUAUGAAUAUGUCUCUGUAGCUGUGCAAGCUACUGUCGAUCAACUGUUCUUAAGAAACAUAACAAGCAGUUAUCGAGGAGAAAAUUGCGCAAGCCCAUUGCACCUGUGCAAACUAGUGUCCAUCAACCGUUCUUAAGCAACAUAACAAGCAGUUACUAGAAGAGCGACUUGCGCAAGUCCACUGCAUAUAAGCAAGUAAGCUGUCAUGGACCAGAGGAUGGAAGAGAGGCUUCUGGGAUCAGAAGACGAGGCCAAGACCAGAGGACUGCGAUGGAGGAUUUGGGACGAAACAAAGACGAUGUGGAGGAUCGCAUUCCCUGCAAUAUUGUCGAGGGUGACAUUAUUCGGGAUAAUAAUAGUCACCCAGGCGUUCAUCGGACAUAUCAGCGCGCUGCAAUUCGCCGCCUUCGCGAUCGUGCAGACCAUACUCGUGAGGUUCGUCAGCGGAGUCACGCUGGGCAUGUCGAGCGCCACCGAGACCCUCUGCGGCCAAGCCUUCGGAGCCAAGCAGUACCAUAUGAUGGGCAUCUACCUCCAACGCUCCUGGAUCGUCAGCACCGCUGCCACGACCAUCCUCAUCCCGGCCUUCAUCUUCGCCACUCCGGUCUUCACCCUCCUUGGCGAGGACGCCUCCAUAGCCGACGAGGCCGAGCCGGUGGCCCUUGGCCUCAUCCCCGUCAUGUACAGCACCGUCUUCAGCGCCACCAUCCAGAUGUUCCUCCAGGCGCAACAGAGGAACUCCAUCGUCAUCUGGUUCGCCGCGGUGUCGUUCUUGCUCCACUUGCUCCUUUCGUGGCUCUUCGUGAUGAAGCUAGACUGGGGACUAGCCGGAGCACUCGGCGCAAUGAACGUGUCGUGUUGGUCGAUGGUGGCGGCCGAGUUCGUCUAUAUAUUUGGCGGGUGGUGUGGGGAGACAUGGCAAGGGUUCUCCACGGCGGCUUUCAGUAGCUUGUGGCCGGUCGUCAAGCUCUCCGUGUCCUCCGGCGUGAUGCUCUGCUUGGAGUUGUGGUACAACUCUGUUCUUGUAUUGCUUGCUGGGUACAUGGAAAAUGCAACAGUCACUAUAUCAACCUUCUCCAUCUGCCUCAGCAUAGCAGCAUGGAUCCUAAUGAUCGGCCUCGGCUUCCUAGUUGCAGCAAGUGUGAGGGUCUCGAAUGAGCUGGGGAGAGGGAACACCAAAGCAGCAAAAUUCGCCAUCAAAGUCAUCUUCAGUACGGCGACAUGUUUCGGGCUGGUCUGCGCGGUCCUGUGCCUUCUCUACAGCUACCAAAUUGCAAAUUUGUUCACAAGCAACGAGGAAGUGGAUGAGUCUGUGUCUGAACUCUCUUACCUGCUUGCACUAUCGGUGUUCUUGAACACCGUCCAGCCAGUUCUCACAGGGGUGGCCAUAGGAGCAGGAUGGCAAAGUGGGGUUGCUUUUGUUAAUAUUGGAUGCUAUUACCUGAUUGGGGUCCCCAUUGGAGCUGUACUUGGAUAUGUUGCCCAUUUGGAGGUCAAGGGAAUAUGGAUAGGAAUGAUUUGUGGGGUUACUUCACAAUUGCUUGCUCUUGUCUACAUGACAUGGAAAACAAAUUGGGAUGAACAGGUAAUCAGGGCAUCGGAACGCCUGAAUCGUUGGCUUUUGAAACCGUCUGAGAUGUCAAGCCAAAACACAGGGAAUAGCACAGAAGACUGAAGAGUGAGGACUUAUGGUCAAUGGAUCUAUACAUUGUAUCAGAUUGGUAUACUAUUACUUUACACAUACCACCUAAAGGAAAGUGGAUUUGUACUCUUUGUCAAUAAGAACAUAUUUGGUGUA